ACGUGGAAGAAAUAAGCACGGCAUAAAAAAAUGUACAAAGACAUCAAGUUUUAAUAACGAAAUAAAACGCAAAGGGGAAUAAGGGUUGCUCAAGCCUCGCGAUAAGCGUAAUCAGGAGGGUACAUGAUACGCUACUGCGACUGUGCAGAUAUUAUGCAACGGACGAGAGGCUCCCUCGCCUCCUCAUUCUCUCCUACCUCUCCUACCUUCUUGGCGAAGCAACAAGUUGUCUUGCAGCGCAUGACCAACGACGUUCCUUCCGCGAAAAACUUCGAUAUUUCCGACAACUCCGCCGCGGAUUUAUCUUAUCGUCAACGAUUGCAAGACCGUCGCCGCUGCAGAAUUCGCAACACGUGUCUUUACUUAAGUUUUCUUCACGAGGAGAAACGCGUGAGAGCGGCGAGGGAGGAGGAUCGAAGUUUAUCGUCUCCAUGUGGCCGCGCGGCGGACUCGCCGCGUCGUCGCGUUACGUUAUCGCCGGUGACGACUGUGAUCGUGUUUAUCUUACUUUACAGAACCGCUCUCGCCUUAUACGUGAUUCACCGCGAACGCCGCGCGUAUUACGAAUACUCGCACUUACGGCCGCGGAGAGGCACAGCCUCGUAAAGUCUACUGCAUUAUAAAUAAACGCGCGCGAGGCGAGAGGACGAUUUUCUCUCGAAAUGAAACUGAAUGGCGGUGUACGUGUAAUGCCGGAAGUGGAAUAUUUUUGAAAUUUUUCGUAAAGUUCGACAAUAUCUUUUCUUUUCGUAAAAGACGAGAUGUAGAAGGAACGAUGCCGUGAGAUGCAUAAAAAAUGGCUCUUUCGCUCUGCACGUUUGUCACGCGAAAAGGAUAUAAAAGUCACUGAAAACAAGGUAUCUCUCGCAUGCGAAAUCUUUAAAAAGAAACGAAUUUUUUAGAUUUAAACAGGUUCGAAACAUGCAUAAGUUAACAUAACAGCUUUCAAUUGAAGUACAUUUCGAAAUGUUUACUAAAUUCAGUGGUGCAGGUCAACAUCCGCCCUCGCACUAUUUAUGCAAAAUUUGAGAAUUACGACAUUAUGUAUUUAACGAAUAAUAAUUAUAAUGCAAUAAUAUUUUAUCAAAAUAUCGUAUGGAAAAGAUAAGAGGAAGACAUUCGCAUGAGCAAGUCUCGUUUAGUAAAUUCAUAAAACAGAUAAAAAAUUAUAUAAGUAGAAUUAAACACUAUUUUGUGCAAUGUAUUAAAAUUCGCGUUGAUUGUAAAUUUGUUUAAUCGUAACGUCAAUGUAAUUUUAUUUUAAUUCUUAAGAAAAUGUAUAGCAAUAGAACUGCUGAGAUGUUUUCCGAAAGCUUGAACUUUACAUUUUGAGUUUUGUUAUGUAUCUGUAUACCAUGAAAUAAAUAAAGGGAUUAUCUUCAAUCGCAUUUUCUCUCACUUUGCAACCUGAUUACUUACUCCUAACUUCAUUUGUACAUUUUUAAAUGUCUUAAGCAAUCGCUAAAGCUAACAUUAGACUUCAAAAAAAGCUAUUCGACAAAAGA